CGUUCAAAGAAGAUUCGCUCAGUGGGACGAGACGCGUCACAUUACACCAAGUUUGGUAAUAUUGGCGGUCGUCUCAAAUAUAUUGUUCGACGAGCAUCCCCUCAUUCGAGGUAUCGCGAGUGUGAAAUUUAAAGACUGCCGGGCUGCCGUUCAUAAAACCGUGUGGAUUUUUGCGGUGAGCCCGCAGUUUUUGUUCAUGUCACUAUGUUGGCCUUGAUAGCAAAAGGACGCGCCAUGAAGGCGUGGACUCAACUUCUCGAGCCAGGCGCUCUAGGCGCGAUUUGUUUGGCUCUAACACUGUUAACCGUUAACGCUGCGCCCACCCUAAACGACGAACAGAGCACUGAAAUUGAAUACUAUCCGGUUGCUGACGCAACGGGUUGCUACUACAAUUUUCAACACUAUGACGAGGGUGAUAGAAUAAUCACAAACGAGCCAUGUCUCAACUGCACGUGUCACAACCGCAUGCUUAUGUGCUACCUCAGGGUAUGUCCUUUUACCAAAGCUAUAGGCGCAGAUUGCAAGGUGGAGAAACGGCCUGACCAAUGCUGUCCCGUUAUAACAUGCCCGGAAGUACCGGUUCAAUUGGUGACUUCAACAGUACCGUCAACUGCCUUGGGACACUUGAACGAAUACGGAUGCUCUAUCAACAAUCUUUUCUACUCGGAUGGUGCGAGGGUCCCCUCCAACCCCAACAACCCUUGCGAACUCUGCUACUGCAUACGAAACAAAACCGCCUGCGUGAUCCAACAAUGUACAUUGGAAGUUGAAGGUUGUCGUCCUGUUUUCCAAGAAGGUGUUUGUUGUCCAGUUCGAUACAAUUGCGAACAUCCGGACUAUCUGGAAGGACCCACAACUCCCCUUAUAACAUCAACCACUACAACGACGACAACACUGGCACCUACGACCACUUUGGCACCUAGCGAUUGUAUAUACCAUGAUCAAAUAUACGCAGAUGGCUCGCUAGUUAAAAAAGAUGUCCCGUGCGAAAAAUGUUACUGCAUGAGAGGCGACAUAGUCUGUGCCGUGCAAGAAUGUGGUCCAACGCCAUUAGACAAAGUCAACUGCACAGCUCUACCAGUCCGUGAAGGUCAAUGUUGUCCAGAUACUUAUGACUGCGAGAACGUAAUCGAAGAAGAACUGACUACCCUUUCUUCGUACGAGCCUCCGACCACCCAGCCGACUUUACCUAAUGUUUUAGAACAAGAGACUGAAAUUCCUCCAAAACCACAAGUGGAAAUUCAAGAUAGGCACAAACCUGACGGACCUACUGCUGAACCUGUCACCGAAGAGGCCACUAAAGCUACAGAAUUCACUUCGUCUUCACCUGAACAAGCAAUAACUAAGAUAUCGCCGGAUACGGAACCUAGUAAGGUGGCAGACACUACUGAAAUUCCCAGCGACUCACAGCAAGGUGUUACCAAACCCGAAGCACAAAUAACUGAAAAAUCUCCCGCUGAAACCGAAUUGCCGCAAGUGACAGAAGAAAUUCCGUCUGAAGUUACCAAACCGCCUAAAGAGUCUACUGAUGUUUCGGAAACGGAAAAAUCGGAAGUGACACCUGCGGAAGAAAUCACUAAAAAAGCAGAAAGUCCGGAGGCAUCAACGGCGGUCGCAGAAGAAGAUUCUUCCAAACCAGCGGUUACUGAGGUUCCGAAAGAGGAUACUGAAGCUCCAAUUGAAUCAAUCACCGCCAGAAUUACAGAAGCUAUUGAUUCAGUUACCGCCAGGGUUACAGAAGCCAUUGAGUCUAUAACGUCGUCCAUAAGUGGAAGCAGCACUGAACCAGAAGUUCAAGAGGAGCUAACGAAGAAACCCGAAGAGGAAGGUAAAGGUACCGAAGAAAUUCCAGCCGAAGAAAGUAGCACUAAACUACCUGAAGAAGAACUUCAGUUCCCUACACACCCGUCAGCAAUAGAAAAAGAAACGGAUAAGGUACAGGAGGAAGCAGUGCCUACCGAAUCUGAAAAAGAAAAGCCAGAGAAGGAGACAACAGAAAAAAUAUCAGAAGACGAAUCCGUCACGGAGCCCUCGAAGGAAUACGAAGAAACAGAGAAGGCAACUGAAGCUCCUGAAACUUCCGAGGAUUCGACCGAAGCUAAAUCUUCUGAGGCUACCGUAUCCGAAGGAAAAGAAGUAGAAAUCGUAUCUGCCAUAACUACUGAGACUCCAGAUGAGGAACAGACUAAACAAACCGCUAAAGCAGAGGAAACCGAAGGAGGAGAAGAACAACCGGAAACUACCAAACUACCGGAGACAUCUUCUCCAUCAAGCGAAGAAAAAUCACCGGCUACAGAGACCGAGCAAGAAGCUAUCACAGAAGAACCCAUUAUUUCCAAGGAAUGUGGAGAACAAGAAUGCGCAAGGCCAACUUCUGGGAAGAAGACAGAAAAAGAACCGACUAUUCCAAAAGAGAGUACAGAUUUGCCACCGAAAGCAGAUACAACGUCGAUACCGGAAGUAGAAAUUAGAAUUAAAGAUAAAGAAGAGCCCGAAGAGACAUCUGAACACCUCCCUGAAGUGACUCAACGAACUUUGGAAACGGAGACAGAAGAAGAAAUGGUCGUAAUUACAGAAUUGCCCAAGAAGACUGAAAUGCCUGUAGCCAUGGAUCAUAUUUCUGAAAGUCUAAAACCUCAAGAAAAACCAAAGGAAUCAACUGAACUUCUAGAGGUAACGGAAACACCUGAAACAGCUGUUACACUUGGAGAAAAACAAACACCUGAAGCAGAAUUAGCUCAAGUUACCGAAGCGGAAAUAUUUAAAUCUACCGAGAAGCCUAGUGAGGUCGAAAUAGAACCAACCGCCACACAAGGUGUAAUGGUAGAAGAACAUACUGAGCCUCCAAAAGGGACGGAACCUUUAGCAACGGAAGUUGCUAAAUCCGAUAUUACAGAAAAGCCAAUAGAAGUACAGACGCCAUCAUCGGAAUUGCCGUCGGAAGCUGAAGAACAAACCGAAGCUACCAUCUCACAAAAACCAACUGAAAUCGGUCAGGUUGAUUCUACGACACAGUUACCCGAAUUGGAAAGUUCUACAGAAACUGGAAAACCCGAAGAGGAACCAUCAUCGCCUGGAGUAACGGAAACUUUACCCAAAGAACCCUCAGAGUUACCUACUAAGGUUCCUGAAAUCCUUGAAACAACACAAGUACCUCUUAAAAAUGUAGAAGCUACAAAGAGCCCUUCGGAUGAAGUUUCGGAAGCCGCAACGAAACAGUCACUUGCAGAAACGACAACUGUUGUUGUUGAAGAGGCGACUGAAGAACCGAAAUCUGAAGAGAAUGAAAUAGCUCCACAUGAAAGUAAAGAAACGUCUACAAAGAAACAUGAUGACGAAACUGUCGCCCCUGAGCUUAUAACUAGAGUAACUCCUGAAGAACCUCAAAUUGUUACCGAAAGCGAAUUAAGUACGGCAGUUAAAGAUGUGACCCAAAAAACAAUCGUUCCUGAAGGGUGCGCAUCGGCUACUGAUUGUGCCUCACAGACAGAAGCCCCACAAGAUAUUGAAAUGUCAACUAAACCUAUCUCAAAAGAAACACUUAGUCCUGAAAAUGAGACUGAAAGCAACAAAAUCCCGGAGACUGAAGAAACGAACGCCAUACCCGAAGGUCCAGAACAAACUGUUACCUCUACUGCUACUGAGUCGCCGGUGACCCAACUAAUUGAACUUGAACCUUUAACAAGAGUUACUCAACAACCGGAAGAAGAAAGCUCCGGUGAAAAAUCGAGUGAAGAGUCGUCAAGUUCUGAAGAAGAACUGGAGGAAGGUAGCGGAGCGAGUGAAGAACCUCCAUCUGAAGUCUCUAAAGCAACCAGCCCCACUCAACAGUCUAUCACACAAAAAGCUGAAGUCGAAACCGAGGCCCAAGAAGAAGAAUUUUCCAGUGCAAGUCCACAGAAACCUACAACAGACAUUAGCGACUUGUCAAAAUCUACUGAAUCUGCUUUGCCAGCAUUCACCGCAGAUAAUGGAACAGAAAUUUCUUCAGUUAGUAGCGUAGAAAUCACCACAGUUAGUAGUUCUGAGCUCAUCACAAUUAGUAGUGAUCAAGUUAUCGGUGAAUCUGAAACUGUACCCUUCGAGAAACAGCAAACGGAACAACCCGAACGGGAAAUUCCAGGUGAAGGAAGUUGUUUGGUUGACGGACAAACAUAUAGAAACAACAGUAGCGUACCUCCUAUCAAUCACUGUCAAGUGUCGUGCUUAUGUUUAAGUUCAAUUUUGAAGUGUGAGUCUAUAGAUUGCCCACCGCCACCAUCACUUGUUCAAAAUUGCAUGCCAAUUUUCUCUACGCCCGAGAGUUGUUGUCCAACGUACAGUUGCACUGGACCUGAGGCUACGAGUAUGGAAUCUGACAGUCACAUUAUAGAAACCACAAGUAGUCCGACUGAAAAAGCAGCAACUAUAAGAACAUCAAUAUCGGAAACUGACACUACAAGUGCUGAAAUACAAGUUACACAACAACCAGAAGCACUAACAGAAGCUCCAACAGAAUCCAGUUCGCAUAUACCCAAAAAAUCAGCUGACGAAAACGAAAUUGAACGAGAGAUAACCGAGGCACCGAUAGUAAUUGAGAGGUGUGAUGGAGCAGGUUGCAAACCUACACCAAGCCGACCGGAGAUUACCACAGAACAUGAAGAUAGCAAGAAACAGGAAACCGAAUCUGUCCCAACGGAAGAAUCAAUACCAUCUGAUUUGCCAGAAACACAAACCGACAAAACUACAGGGCUUCCUGAGAGUAUAACAAAAGAGCAACUUCCAUCAGAACAGCCUCAAACUGAAAGUUCAGUUCCCUUCAGAGAGACAGAAUCCUUUACUAAUGAUACACAAAUCCAAAUAACAACACAGCGCUCAGCAGAGGAGGGUACGGAGCCGGAAGAAACUACAAAGGUUGGUGUAGCUAUAUUGCCAACUAAACUUUUGCCAACAGAGGUUACCACUGAAGCACAAUCUGAAGAGGAUACAAAAGAAACAGAAAACUUACCAGAAAUCGAACCAACAACUCAAGUUCCUUCCCACUAUACUGAGAAAACUGCAAUAUCUGAUAAAGAAGUGGCGACAGUACCUAGUGAACAGGAGUCAACAUUAGCAGGUACUGAAGAACCUGAGCAAGUUAGUGAUGCUGAGGUUACUACGCAGGCGUCUCUGCCAGAAGUACCUUCCAUUACAUCUGAAGAAGAGCCUGUGGAUAAAAUUCAGGUCACUGAUGUCAGCAUACCUGGCGAAGAGGUGGAGUCGGUAACCCAAACCUUACCGAUUACUAAAGAACCAGAGGAGGAAGAAGGUCCAAAAUUAACAACUAAAUUACCUGAAGAAACCGUACCAGAACAAAGGCAAACUACCAUGCAGCCGGAACUUGAAGAAGUGCCUAUUACAACACCAAAAGAGGUUACUGAUCAACCUUCUGCCACAAGUCUCCCAGGCAAGGAACAAUCGGAAGCUUUACCUAUCAGGCCUUCAACAGAAAAGACAGAAUUGCCUCAAAUUUCGGACAAAGAAACUACGACAAUACAUGAAAUAGGCACAGAAACUGAUGUUCUUGAAUUAACUACCCCACUUCCGGAAUCAGUUACAAAGAAACAUAUCGAAUCGGAAUCUCAUGUCACCGAAUCAACACCAGAACAACCUGAAGUAACUUCCCAAUCGGAAAUUGAGAGAGCUUCAACGGAAUCGAGGAAACCAGAUGUUGAGAUCGCCACUGAAACAGUACAACCCGAAAGUUCUUCAGCUGGAGCUGAUGUAGGUAAUGAAAUUGAAGCAACAGCAACAACCGAAGAAAAACUUCCACCGGAGGUUGUCGAGAGUGAAAGUGGAGGAACCGAAAAACCGACAAGAACCUCGCAAUUACCCGAAGUAACAUCACCCAAGGAACAAGUGUCAACUGAGUCAGAAGCGAUAUUACCUUUCGGAGAGGAACAGCAACCAGUAGUCACUACACAGCCAUCGGAAGAACAACCGGAAACAGAACUUGCUGGUGAAAUUGUAACUGUAAAGCCAUACACCGCCGAGGUCAUUACAGAACCUGAACAAUUGUCUACCGAACCAGUAGUAGGAGAAGUAACCGCUGUAACGGAGGCUGAAAUCGAGCAAGACGAGACUGCAAAGCCAGUGAAGGAAGAGGAAGCUCAUGAAAGUACUACGACACCUCUAUUGCCGAAAGAACCAGUGUCGAUACCAGCACAAGUUACAAGUCAACCUGAAGAAACCAGUGGGGCUACAGAGGAACCAACAAUCUUGUCAAACUUUACACCCGAAGUUUCGUUUGGAGAACCUUCAGAAACUGAGCAACCUACCCAAACUAAUGAACCAUCUGAAGAACCGCAGGUAACAGAACAAAUUACCCAAGAUACUGAGAAACCAAAAACAGGAACCGAGAAGCCAACGGAAAUAACUGGAGCAACAGAAACCGAAUUACCGUCAUUGUCAGAGGAUGUAUCUACCGGACCGGAAGAAGUAAAUAAAACAGAACUGUCGGUUACUGAACAAGGAAUUGAAGCCCAAACUGUAGAACCCGGAACUGAGUAUUCUCCAGUAACUGCGGCAGAACCGGUUGCAACGGAACGAGUUCAAGAGGUAACAACAGUGGAGAGUGAGGAGGCUGGAGUAGAGACGGAAAAACCAAGUGAUAAGGAAUACGUUACUCCGUCACAAGUUCAGCCGGCUACAGAAAUUCCAACAAAAGAAAUUCAAUUGCCAUCUUUAGCAGAGUCUGAUAAGGACGGUGUUACUAGUGCACCGGUAGAUAUUGAAAAAGAAGGAACGACUUUGGUUGCGAUCCCGGAUAUACCGGGAACUGUAACGCCACAAAGCGAAAGUGGACUCGAAACGCAGACGACCGGAAUUCCUGAGGUGCCUGCUGAAAAAAUAACUAGUAAACCAAUAGAGGCAUCAAAUAAAUCUGAAGAAUUUUCUAAACCAGCGGAAACUAUUACCACACUUUCUCCUGAUUUUGAAAGUUCAGUCUCGACGGAAGUUUCCAAUGCGUCACAGCCUGAGUUAUACACUUCUGGACCAAGUAUCGAAAUAUCAACUCAACCUGCAGUAGAGGGUGAACUAUCCACUUCAGUACCUCUAUCUACAGAACCAUCCUCUACGGCAGUACCAGUAACGACUACUAAAUAUCCACCUGCACAAAUACCUGGCGAACAAGUACCAACGGCACCCGAUUACCAAGAACCCGAAGCUGAAUACGAGGAUGAAGAUCAGAAUACGUUCGGUCCCGGCACGUGCAGAUAUGGCGGCAAAGUCUACGUGUCGGCGCAACAAAUACCACGAGACGAUCCAUGUGAUUUUUGCUUCUGCUUCAGGAGCGACAUCAUUUGCCUACAACAGAGCUGUCCGCCGCCUAUACCCAGAUGCCAUGAGGAACCGAUCAGAGGUUUUUGCUGUCCAAGAUAUGAGUGUCCAGUUUCGAUGGCAGUUUCUGUCAAUUUGACAACGUCAACGACCACCACUACCACCACGCUUCCUCCACACUUUUUACAUCACGCAUAUAAAGGUAGGGCGACCAAGACAGGUUGCCAAAUACAGAAGAGAGCGUAUAAAGUUGGAGAAGUGAUCGAAUCGACGUCUGGGCCUUGCCUGCACUGCACGUGCGGUGGUGACGGCCAAAUGAAAUGUGAUCCUAAACCAUGCAGUCCGGAACCCAUGUUGAGGCAAAUGAUAGCUGCAGCCACGUCAAAGCGAAGAAGAUGAGUGAAUUAACCGUGUAAAAUAGUGACAUAAACUACGUCAACCAACAAACUAACAAAAAAAAAACGAAAGUGAUAUUGCAGACAAUUUAUUUUAAUUGAAGUUUAGUCCCAAGCUUAAGGAAAUGUUUUCUCGGGUGCCAAAAAAAAAAUGGACAAUUUAGGUAUUGUGCCUUUUAACGAUAUACAGAGAUGUGCGAUUUUUAAUGAUGAAUAACGAAUACGGCAACAGAGUAUACAUUGGAAUAGAUUCACCACGUAUAUUUUCAAUGGUUUAUUGUACAGCAUUUGUGUAUAAAAAAAAUUUGUUCUAGCUUUGGCCGAUUUGAUAAAGAAAAAUGGCUUUAUCGAAUUGUGUAAUAGUAGUUUAACACGAUGAUAUACGUUUUUUAAGUUGUAAAAUAGCUUUUAAAUAUUCCCAAGAAAUGCGAGAAGCACCGAAAAUCUUAUCGUAUUUACCCAGUCUUCUGCGGUUUACUUAAACCUUAAAUUGAAAAUAAAUACGCGGUGGGGCUAUUUUCGAUUACACCCUGUACAUACAAGAGGCGACCUAUUUGAAGGCCGAAGAUGCAAUUUGUAUACUCGAAUAUUACCAGUGGCGGGCGCGGGGAAUAAAAUUUCAGUAAACUAAAGAAUACUAAGACCGCAAUCAAUCCUCAAACAAUUGAGCGUGACGCCAAACGCCAACCCAUAAUAAUAUGACUGAAUCUUUUUAUACUUUUGUAAAUGUAUAUUUACUGGAAAUUUCUCUCGGAGUGUGUUACUUUUCUUGUAAGCUAGCAAACUAUAUCGCGCUAGUAGUAUUUACGGUAAUUUGUGUUGCGUAUCCCUCCCUAAUCGAGAUCUAGGUUGUUUGACCGGCAGAACAGCACCGUCGAAUUGUAGAGAAUUUUCGCAGGCCUUAGUGAUAAGUUAAGCGAUUUCGGAAUCGUUUGGGUUUCUGCUGCUUGAACGCCUAGAUCGGACCCUGUAUAUUAACGGAUGCUCAAUAUUAUAUAGUUUUUUAGGUAAGAUAUGUAGUAUUUAUCAAUAAUAAAUAAAUUAUGUAA